CCCUUUUCUAAUUGCUUAUUUGUGCAAGAAACCAAGCCUUCUAAAGAAAAUAAGACUCGCUACGUAGCCAUCAACCCAACAGUAUUUAUUAUGAGGUAGCGAGGACAAUCAAGUACGACAAUUUUACGAGUUGGCAACGAUGGCCCGAGAGUGUUAUUGCGCAGAGGAAAGUAGUUCUCUUUUUUUUUCUUUUUUUCUAUUGUUAGUGGAGAAGCACUAUAUUGUUUAUCCGGCUUAAAAAUGGCUUUAAUUAUCAUAAAAAGCAAAGGUAUCUAUAAACAAAAAUUCUGCCAGCGAAAAAGGAGUGAAUAUUUACGAUGUAAACAGACUGUGUAUUGGAGCUCCUUUAUAAUGGCGGUUCAGUCGGGCUGUCGCUUCAGUGUGUUCAGAGCGAUGGCCGUGAGCAUAUGCACGUCCGUCUCGAGAGAGCGUUAGUCGUCUAUGGAUUGUGACUUGGUCUCUUGAUCUAGACUCAAUAGCUGAUAAUCCUCGUGAUUUGUGAUUCUGUUCUUCAAGAUCUGUUUAUAUAAGGAGUGUAGUGCCACUGCGGCCGCGAGAAAAUUGAACAUUUUUCUCGGAUUGGGAAUACUUGUAAUUAGUGCAGCCGUGCAGGAGCGUCGCGCGAUCUAGUGCCCAAAGUGCAGUGUAGUGUUUGAGUGAGGUAUCGAGUGUAACAGUGCAAAGUGAUGAUGAAUGAAGUGCAAGAGUAUGCCCGGCGCGCGCCCCGCCUGCCGCCCCUGCUGGCCAGACACAAGGCCCUGCCCGACUUGUGUCCGGCGGCCGAGACCAACAGCGCCCACGCGCCGCAGAAGGACGACGACGGCCCACCCGCCCCGCCCGCCCCGCCCGUGGUGGUGCGAGGAGGGGCGUGCGCUGCUACGGGGAGCGGGGCGCUCUCCCCUACCGCUAGCCCAGGGGCGGCGCCCACCUUCCCUGCCGUGCCCACCCUGGUCGGGGGCAAGUACCUGCUGACCCGGCCGCUCGACCACUCCGCCUGCCACGCCACCCACCUCCACACACAACAGAGCCUCCUGGUGAAGACGCUGGAGGGCCGCGCCGCGCACGACCUUGUGGCGCACCACGCUCUCAUGGCGGGCUGCGAGGGCGUCCGCGCGCCCAUCGAAAUGGUGGUGUCGGCGUGCAGGCGGCGGGCGUGGGUGGUGUUCCCCGCCCACCACGGGGACCUCCACUCCUACGUGCGGGUGCGGCGGCGGCUACGGGAAGCGGAGGCGCAGAGGUUGUUCACCAAGGUGGCGGCCACGGUGGCCGAGUGCCACGAGGCCGGCCUCGUUCUCAGGGAUUUAAAACUCCGCAAAUUCGUCUUCACCGACUCGGACAGACAGCAAGUGUGUCUAGAGAGCCUAGAGGACAGCGUCCUGGUGGGCGACGAGGACUGGCUGCAGGACAAGCACGGCUGCCCCGCCUACGUCGCGCCGGAGAUCCUCACGUCGUCCUCGUAUUCGGGCCGCGCCGCCGACAUGUGGGGCCUCGGCGUCAUGCUCUACACCAUGCUCGUCGGCAGGUAUCCAUUCCAUGACUCGGACACGUCGUCGCUGUUCGCCAAGAUCAGGUGCGGCGAGUUCAAGGUGCCUGAGUGGGUCAGCUCCCGCGCGCGCCACCUCAUCACGGCCCUGCUGCGGCGCGACCCCGCCCGACGCCUGGUGGUGCAGGACGUGCUGUCGCACCCGUGGCUGACCCGGCCCCCGCGCGACCACCCGCUCAGAGACCCCACCGACCACACCGUCCCCACCAUGUUCUUGCAAUCACCGAGCCACCGCUCUCAGUCUCCGAAGGCGGGCUCCGCCGCGGCGACCCACGCGCCUAGUCUGUUCGGCCUGUAGGGCGUCGAGCACCUGCAACGUUUACCUCUUCGGCGGCCUCGACGUGAACCACGGGGCCGCCUGCGAAAACAGCAGUGGGCUUUUCAAUUCUAUUUUUUUAUCAUUAUCCUUAUCGUCAAAGCCCUCGACGUGCAUUACAUGUAUUAUGCCCUCAUUUGAGAUCUAUCAGAUUGCUCCAAGUAUUCAAUCAAUUAUUUUUAUUUUGCCUCAGAGUUGAUCCUGUUUCCACGAGGAACUGAAUCUUGCAACAAACUGCCAUUUAUGUAGCAUGUCUGCUUGACUUGCGGAAUCAGAAGAGUUUGCAGUGCAAUUCGUAGUUUUAUAACACCUACAAAAAAUUAAAGGUAUCACAGGUAUUCACAGAUAUGUUUGUAUGUAACAAUAAUAUAUAAAACAAACCAUGAGGGUAAAGUGGCUUGGUGCAUCCAAAACACGACAAUGGUGGUGGUGCUUUCCAUGCCUUUUGGACGUUCGUAUACUGUAUAAUUAUUCUGUUAUGAUAUGGAAAGGCUGUCCUUUAUAUUUUGAGAUUUUGUCCAAAUAGAACGUUUUAUAAAAUGCUUUCCAUAUAAAAACAAACAUACAUCUUCUGACCGGUAGGGAUAUUUGUGCAUAUUCUAACUGAAAAGCGGGCAGAGCAGCAAGGCCCCUUGUUCCCUAGUCUUAGGAAAGAAAAUGAAGCUUUAGGUAUUUUUCAUGGAUUCCAGCUAAGCAACCUAGCAGGACAAAACGUCUCGGAGUGUGCUCGUUCGUAGUCAUGGGCACGGUUGAAAAUCUGUGAUAACUUGCAUCUUCAAGGCUUGUAGGCUUCAGUAAAUAAGCGUUAGUGAAGAGUGUUCCAUAUCAUCAAGGGGUCUCUGUGUUGCGAGGCAUGCUCCGGGCGGCCCAAGAGACAAGGUGUAAAGAAUAGCUUUGUAGAUUUGCAGGCUUGAAGAUGCAUACUUCUUGAAAGAUAUUCUUUUAGGGAUCCUAUAGCAUUAUCCUGUAUUUGGAUCAAUGGCAAGACAAAAAAAUAUCUUUACCUCUUUCAUGUAUGUAAUUUUUAAAUAUUUUCUAUCAGUGGCAAGUAAAGUACAAUAUUAAACAAUAGGGAGUAAGUGUCGUCUUCUGUGUGUGUAUAAAUACAUACUUCAAACAUGAAAGAAACUGCUGUAUACUAUGUAAUAUUUUCAGGAAAUUGUCUGCAAUUGCAAUUAAACUAGCCUAUCAUUGGUAUGCAGAAGCAAGCUUUAUGGUGUUGUAAGAAUUCCAAAGGGUUUGUGGCGGAAUUUCCUUGAUAUUACAACAGACUUUUAAAAUCUUCACUACUAUAGAAUUAAUGCUGUAGUUUCAACUUAGCAUUUGCUUUUAAAGUAUCUUUUUUCACGGUUACGUAACAGCAGUUAUUUCAGAUAUAUGGUAGACCUAGUUGGUGAACAUAGCACAAAUCUUGUUUAGCAGUGUUAUACUUUAGCAGUUUCUUGAAGCAAUGCAAUUUAUUGGUAGUUAGCUUUUAUUUGUAUGUAAAAGUGACAGAUUAUUUUAAUAUAAUCAUGAUAGCUCUACAACUUAUGUGAGGUAUUUAUACUCUGCUUUAUUUUCAUCUUGGUAUUGCAUUGUGAAUACAAGCUAAAGAUACUCCAGCUGUAUAAAGCAGCAAAGUAACAUUGCCACAACAGAGUCUACUGUAUAGAGUGAAGGGUAAAGGGUAUGAAGCCCUUUCCUUAAUUGGUGUGUAUGAUUCUACAGUAUGAAUGUGUGUGCAAAGCAUAUUGCAUAAAAAUCUGUCGGGCGAUAUGAUCAGUUACAUCAACAUGGGUACGUGGUUUAGUAAGCCAUAUUUUUCUAGAAAAAUGAAAAAUGUGAGUUAUCGAACUGCCGCUGUAAAUCUAUUAAUGCUACAUGUGUAUAAAGACACCGUCUUUGUGCAAUUUCAAGUUGAGAGUUACUGAUCGUUCGCAAUGCUGUUAAUAGGUAACGCCAUGUGUCAAAUCUUCCCCACAUCUUCCGUUUCCAGCGUACAAGAUGACACAGUUGUGGCAGGCAGUCCAGGCCGUAUUGUUCACGACUUCUGACUGAUUAAAGGAAGUGUUGGCAUUGAUCUUUUCAGGGGAUCACGCAAUAGUAGUGUUGGGAUGGAUUCGUUUCUGUGUAAAUUAGCAUAUUUUAUAAUCUUUUGUUAUUUCUAUCAUAAGUGCACUCCUUAAUACUGUCUUGUUAGAUUUACUUUUUUAUUUGCAUUCCCAAUGCUAGUCCUAAAUGUGUAGAGAAUAGAGUACAGAUGUUGAACAAGAAAGUAUUUGAUGGAAUAGUAUAGUUGCGCUCCCCUGAUAAUGUGAUUGUGUACAUAUAAGUUUGUUUUAGGUAUCAGUAUUUAUUUCUUUGCAUGGAAUUCAAAGUCCAGGCCCAUUCAUGUUGGGUUAGCAUUUGGCGAGUUGCGACGGUUGCUUGAUUGUGGUGGGGAGGAUAGAUAUGAGAAACCAAAUUGAAAGCGUUUCAUGAGUUGGCAAUUCUUUUUGUUCAUAGGCUCGUGUCUGGUAUUCGACAGAGAACCCUGCUCAAAGGUACUAGGUUGUUUUAGCAGAAUGUAUGUGCUGAUAACGAAAUGUAUGAAUAUUGAUCUUUUACGUUUGUAAAAGUCUUUGUUCUAUUUUCUGGCUAAACCAGUGCCUUGCCAGUGUCAUUUUAGCAUGAUCACAAUUUAUUGGGCCAGAUUUCUUUCUUUUAAUCUCAAGGAUGUAGUACUUGCAAGGAUAAGAUUAGAUUUCAUGAAAAAUUACUCUGACUGCUCUGUAUCUUGGUAUUUAAAAAAUUAUAUUUUUCCUGAAAAAAAAAAUGCUUAUAUUCAUACAUUUAUAGGUACCUUCAGUUUCAGUUGGUUAUAUAAAAGAUAAAUCCAGUAAGUGAGGAUUCAAUUAAAAAGAAAUCCUGCUGACAACCUAGUCCAAUGGGAAACCUGUUUGUGUCACAACUGUAUGUGUAAGGGACAAAGUGUUUUUUGUAUCUAAAUAAAAAUACUCUUUCCAUCAUCUGGAAGCUAAAAAGCAUUUUUAACAAACUUGCCCCAAUGAGAGGAUGCUGUCCCUUACGUGUGCAAUAAGAUACAGAAUGCCAUGAUACUUGUGUAAAUAACAGUUUUGUAUAUAUUCUAAUGUGAAUAUUCCAUGUUAUAAUAAAAAUUGAAAUUUUA